ACGGAUAAGGUCACAUUUGGAAAACUACCUGCAAUAAGGGGGCAGUUUUGGAAUCCCACCCCAGCUAUAUAUGAUCGCUAAGAGCUAAAGCCCCUUCUCUCUGUUGGGCGGCGUCGAAAACCUUUCCCCUUCCAUUCCUUCUCCAAAAACACAAGGUGAAGUAUGGUGAAGCAUAACAAUGUCAUUCCUAAUGGGCACUUCAAGAAACACUGGCAGAACUAUGUUAGGACAUGGUUCAAUCAACCUGCAAGGAAGACAAGGCGUCGCAAUGCUCGGCAGAAGAAAGCUGUGAAAAAUUUUCCCAAGCCAACGGAAGGACUUAUUCGUCCCAUCGUGCACUGCCAAACUCUUAAAUACAACAUGAAGACCAGGAAAGGCAGAGGUUUCUCUCUAGAGGAGCUCAAGGCUGCUGGCAUUCCAAAGAAGUUGGCCAUGACGAUAGGCAUUGCUGUCGAUCACCGUCGUAAGAAUCGAUCAUUGGAAGGGCUUCAAGCCAAUGUUCAAAGAUUGAAAGAAUAUAAGGCCAAGCUGGUUAUUUUCCCAAGGCGACCUGGCAAAUUCAAGAAUGGAGAUUCUAGUGCAGAGGAGCUGGCCUCAGCUACCCAGGUCCAGGGUCCAUACAUGCCCAUCACUCUUGAGAAGCCAACAGUCGAGUUUGUGAAGGUGACCGAGGCAAUGAAGUCAUUCAACGCAUAUCAGAAGCUUCGCUUGGAACGGACGAAUGAGCGUCACGUGGGAGUAAGGUUGAAGAAGGCUGCUGAAGCCGAGAAGGAAGAGAAGAAAUAGAAAAGAGAUAGGUACGUCACUUUUAAAAGUAUCCAGAGAGAAAUGAUGCUAUUCUUCUGCUUUCCAGUUUCCAGGGAGACGUUGGUUUCAAAUGUCUGCAAGUACUUAUUUCAGCUUGUUUGAGAAAGUUUUGCCGUUUUAGCUUUUGUUGGGCGCCUAGCACAUACAUUGGAGGAAAUAUGUAGGCUUGUCUGAGCUUAGGACUCCUGAUAUAUCAACUAAGAUUUUGCUUGUUUU